GAACUGGAUAGAAGAGGCGUGCAGGCGGGCCCUUCCCUUCCUUCUUCCCUUCCCUUUGGAGCGGCCGCUGAGGGUCUUCUUUUGCGGGCCUGCGUGAGGGACGGCGAUGUGAUGUUGAGACGGGGCUCAGGCGUCUUUGUGGCGUCGUCUACAGCCCCUCCUCCUCCUCCUCCUUCUCCUCAAGGGACUCUCGGAAGGGGACAUGGCGAAUGUCAAAGUGGCCGUCAGGGUCCGGCCUCUCAGCAAAAGAGAGCAUGCAGAAGGAAGAAGAAUAAUUGUAGAAGUUGAAGACAAAGUGGCAAAAGUCAGAAACAUAAAGGUGGACAACAGGCAAGAGAAUCUUUGGGACACAAAGGAGAGAAUAGUGGCAUUUGGCUUUGAUUACUGCUAUUGGUCAGUUGACCCUGAUGAUUCCAAAUAUGCAUCUCAGGAAGUGGUUUUCCAGGACCUUGGCACUUCAGUGUUAUCUGGUGCUUUUAAAGGGUACAACAUUUGUCUUUUUGCAUAUGGACAGACAGGUUCAGGAAAAACAUACACCAUGAUGGGAACUCCAGCAUCCAUUGGAUUAACUCCUCGUAUAUGUGAGGGUUUGUUUUUGAGAGAAGACGACUACACAAAACAGUCAGCAUCUUGCAGAGUGGAAAUCAGUUUCUUAGAAAUCUAUAAUGAGCGGGUUCGAGAUUUGUUAAAACAAACAGACAACAAGAAGCCAUAUACACUUCGGGUCCGCGAACACCCUGUGAUGGGUCCCUAUGUGCAAGGGCUAUCAAAACAUGUGGUUACAGAUUACAAACAAGUAGUUGGACUUCUGGAAGCAGGAAUAGCAAACAGAAUUACGGCAGCUACACAUGUUCAUGAUGCCAGCAGCAGAUCCCAUGCAAUCUUUACCAUCCAGUAUACUCAGGCUAUACUGUAUAACAAUCUGCCUUCUGAAAUUACAAGCAAGAUCAACUUAGUGGACCUUGCAGGCAGUGAAAGAGCUGAUCCUAGUUACUGCAAAGAUCGGAUCACAGAAGGUGCCAACAUCAACAAAUCACUGGUCACUCUUGGAAUUGUUAUCUCUUCCUUAGCACAAAACUCUCAGAUGUCCUGCAGCUGUCAGAGCAUAAACAGCAUUGGUAGUGAAGUGGACAGUAGCCAUACAGACAAUCACUGCGGGACCAGUAUCAGCAGCAAUAGACGGCAAGCUUACAUUCCCUACCGUGACUCCAUCCUCACUUGGCUUCUGAAGGAUAGCCUGGGUGGCAAUUCCAAGACAAUUAUGAUUGCAACGAUCUCUCCUUCAAGCUCUUGUUACAAUGAGACUAUGAGCACCUUGCGAUAUGCCUCAAAUGCCAAAAAUAUUAUUAACAAACCUCGAGUAAAUGAGGAUGCAAAUGUGAAGCUGAUUAGAGAAUUACGAGAAGAAAUAGAUAGACUGAAGGCUAUGUUGAUGAGCUUUGAACUGAGGAAUGCUAGUCCAUCCUGGAGUGAUGAUAAAGAAGGGAAUCUAACAGAAUUAGUCCUUCAGAAUGAAAUUAAGAUUGAGCAGUUGACCAAAGACUGGACAGAUAAGUGGAUUAACAAGAAAGCUAUCAUGGAAGAAUACAGUGUGGAUAUCAAUAAGAAAAAGGCCGGAGUGGUGAUAGACUCCAGUUUACCUCAUUUAAUGGCCAUGGAUGAUGAUAUCCUUAGUACUGGAGUUGUGCUCUAUCAUCUCAGGGAAGGUAGAACCAAAAUUGGAAGAAGUGAUUCAAACCAGGAGCAGGAUAUCGUGUUACAGGGUCAGUGGAUCAAAAAGGACCAUUGUGUUGUAGAUAACCAACAUGGGAUUGUGACUUUGCAGCCUCUUCAGGAAGCACAUUGUAUUGUGAAUGGUCAUGAAGUCACAGAUUCUAUCCGUUUAUCACAAGGAGCUGUUAUUAUUUUGGGGAAAGCCCACAAAUUUAGGUUCAAUCACCCAGCUGAGGCUGCAAUUUUAAGGCAAAGGCGAUCAGUAAGUGACUCUUCUGUGGUGAAUUGUAGAUCUCUUGAAUGGCUAGAUUUGGAUGGAAAUUUUUCUUCACUUUCCUAUAGUUUUUCUCCACCUGAAACAAAAAGUGAACAGAGAGAGGCUGUGCAUGAAGAAUGCCACCUAAAGCGGAAAAACCAGGCAAUUCUCCAGAAAAGAGAAAUUCUACAGCAGCAACUUUAUGUUGAAGAAUUACAGCAGCAGAUCUUCGAUGGAGAGAUCAAAGCCGCGCAAGAACUUGAGCAUGACCAAGUGAUAAUCAAUCAGCAGAUCAAAGAAACCCAGCAAUGGCUCAUUGAUGAAAAGAAGCGCCUAAUUUCCCAGCAGCAGCGGGAAUGUGCUGUGCAGACAGAAGUCAAAUCAUAUGCAGAAGCUGGAAUCCAGAAUAUUUUGGAAUCAGAAAUUGGCCCUUCUGUAACUGAGCAGAACAAGAAGAAAUUGGUACAGCUAGAACUUUUACGCAAAUACUCUUUGAGGAAAGCAGAAAGACAUCUAAGUCGGAAAAAGGUUAAACUGCACCUGGAGAGGAUUGUAAAGAAGCAAAAAUUGUUAGAAGCCAAGAAAAAUCUGGAACAGUUGGAAGCUAGCUGCUGGAUCAGUGAAGAUAAUGUGAAACCUUCCCAAUCACUGAACCAAGAUAGCAUAGCCACUUGUUGGGACUGCAAAUAUUCACAUCCAGAAUCAAAAUCAUACCCCUUGAAAUGUAGAUGUAAUGCUCCCGUUUUAAAUCUUCAGCUACCACAUUGCAGUCUUUUCUUGAAGAGAAAUCCCCCUCGGUUAUCUACCUCAGCACCCAGCUAUGGAUGUUCUAAAGCUCAUUCAUUAAGGAAAUCUCUGUCAAUAGAGAAUCUUCCCAAAACUCUCAAAAGUCUUUCCAGAAGAGAUUACAGCCAUGAUGAGAGAGAUGACUCCUUCACAACCCAGAAACAGAUAAUAAAAAAUCAGAAGAUACUAUAUUUUGGAAAUAAAGGGAUUGUGAAAAAUAAUAGUACUAAUACAGAUAUUCUUUCUCUGAUCUGUAAAAAUAACCAGACAAUGGAGAAAGCCAAUAACAGACCAAGGCAAACCAGAACUAAGUCCCAGGUUCCUAAGAACUCUUCUCCUGACUAUUUUAAGAGAAAAUGUGAACCUGAAACAGCAAAACAAGGGACUAAAGCAAAGACAUCAGGGGACUCAAAUCGUCAUUCAGAGAAGCACUUAGAAAAGGGUGAAGCUCUGGAAGGAAGUAGAAAGUUUAAGAGAGACAAAAGAAAAAAGAUCCAAAGUUCACUUCCAGGAAAUUCCACUAAGGAAUUUAAAAAAUCAACAGUAAGUGAGAAACCACCAUUACAACAUUUAAGUCAAAUAUCAAAGAAUGUGAAAAUAAAUACAAAGGACAGUUCCUCAGUGGAACAGCCUCAAAUCCUCAAGGUAGCAACUUCAGCAAGAAGUCUUACCAAUAUAAGCACCUCCACAUCACUCUGUCGUGGUGAAAAAAGAUGGCACAGUGCUGAGAUGCUAAGUGUUGGGAUUUCAAAAGGUGUUCAUGGCCCAUUGAGGAGUUGGCAAGAAGAUGAAGAUGCAGAGUUUUCUGAUACAGAUAGUAAUUAUUCUGUGGAUUCUCUUUCAUGUGGUAAUGCUAAAAUCUUGACAGAGGCACUGACUCGUGAGGAAGAGUCAGUUGAAAUGGACACUGUCAAUUUGGAAGAUUCUGAAAGUGAUGACAGCCAGAUGUCCCAAGAUUCACUUACAGAAAAAAUAAAUAAAACUGAAAGUGAAAAUGUAAAGCAUUUCCCUGAAGUCCACAAAGAAGAAACUAAAUUUCAUAAAGAGAAUGAUCUUAAGCCUCUUUCAUUGAUACCAAAUACUUCUUUAACCAACAGUAAUCUGACUAUGAAUGAGCGAAGCUUUUCUCUUGAUAGUCUAGGUGAUGUAGAUGACGUAUCAGGAGAAGAAGUUACAGAAGAAUCAAAGUUGGAAUCAUUUGAUGAAGUUCCUGCAGAGCUUUUUUGGAAAAUGCAAAAUCUAUGUUCAGAAUCGAUAAAAAGCAACAAACAGCAUAAUCUGGAGCAGUGUAAUGAAACUGUAAUAUCUGAUGACUUGAAUCUGAAUACUAGUUCUUUCUUUCUGGAUGCCAGUGCACAGCCUAGUUCUAGUAAUAUUUGUGACCAAUCAAUAAGAGAGGUCAAAAUCAAUUUUUCAGGACAAGCAGGAUUACUUGAUCAAAGAUCACACAUUACUGGUGAAAAUCUUCCAGUUUUGGCAGAUGCUUGGUUGUCCUGUGACACGAAGAAUGGAAAAAGUAGCCCCAUAAUAGCAAUGCCUUCUUCCCAAGAUCAUACAGAGUUUCGGGUCACUGAACUGCAUCCUGUUAACAAGCCAUGGAUGAAGAGAGAUGAUUUAAGGCAGUCAGCUGCUGAAUUGUCAUUUGUCUCUUGUUACGAAAAACCUUACCGGGUUCCACAUGAGCCAAACAACAUUAAAAUGCUGCUUUCAUCUGCAACACCAUCUGUACCUUUACCAGAAACAAGAAAAUAUGUUGAGAUUGAAGCUCUAGGAGCCAUAUCAUCAUUUUCUCUUUCCACAUUUUCCAGAAAACAUAGUUAUUGUGAAGUUGCUUCUUCACUUGAGUCUGUGUGUCAGCAAUCUAAUGAUUUCUCUGAGCAUAAAUCAACUGAUGAAUGGAAGCAAACUUCUAGCUCUUUGAAAGAAACAUCAAGGACAAACAGUUCAUCGCAAGUGUCACUUGGCCAAGGUAUUUCUGUUUCUUCGGUUUACCCUGAGAUUUCCAAGGAUCAAGAUUUAAAAAAUAACUCAUUGAUUUCUGUACUCAGUACUGCCUCUUCACAGAAGGGAGAAGUGUAUUUAAAUACUAAUUUUGAAGAGUGCCUCUUUAGGACUAUUGAAAAAGAAGAUGAAUCUGACUCUAAUAGCACAAAGGAUACAAAGAUCCUUGAGCUAAAUCAUGAAGAGAAACUCUUCAGCCCAUUACCUGAUGGAUUUUCUGACCUGACUUCAAUGCUUUCACCAAAAAGCAGUUAUAAAGACCGUGAACAUUUAUUUUCAAAUGACAAAACAACAUUAAUUAGUGAUGAAAGUUUCUACCUGUCUGACAUAUUAGGCAAUCAUACACAUUCUGUUAAUGAUGUGGGAAAAUACUCUGCUGAUCAGUUGUAUAUGAUGAGACUUGAUGAAAGUAAUAUAGAGGUGGUACAGAAAACAAAAUGCCAACAGUUAUAUGCAGACAACCAAUUGUAUGACACUGAGACAACAGCUUUUCAACACAGUGAUCAGCUUCCUCUUUCAGUAGAAACAUCUGAGACUGAGAAGGUCAGUAUUCAAGAAAACAGAGAUGUCUUAACAGAAACAGCAUUAGAGGUCCCCUCUUUUAGGGAGGCAGAAGAAGAAAAAGAUAAAUGUGAAGAGUGGUGUUUAGAAAAUGAUUUCAAAGUUCAUACUAAACCUUUACUUACUAAUUCCUGUGCUGGUUUAAAAGCCGUCUCUUCUGAAAACAGCUUUAGCCAGGGGAAAGAAUCUUCAGAUCUGUGUGUGUUCUUUAAUGAAAAUGGGUGUUCUAGAGCAGAAUUGCAUUCUGAUCAAGCGAGGAAUUACAAUGAAAAGAACUCUGGAAAAGUGCUGAGAAAUGAUGGCAUUGUAUCAACCAUGGCUUCCCAAGAACAGAAUCUGAGUCUGAAUAAAGUAUCUAGGUAUGAAAAAGAGAGAGUUGUUUCUAUAGCCUUAACUGCUUGUGAAGACAGCAAAAGUGAACAUAACCGCAAGACAAUAAAUUCCGAAGAACUAACUAAAUUAAUAAACAGUGUCAAUAAAUUGGAAUUUGACAUUUUGGAAAUGAAAUAUAAUCAGAACAAAUGCUUGCGGAAUUUUCUUGGAGUUGAAUCUCAAAGCCUAAAUGCAGAUAAUACGGGAACCUCUGAAAAUGACAGUUUGGCCCAGACGCUUGAUGGUGAUCAUGAGAAAGGUGUCACGAAUCUAUUAACAACAGUAACACAUGAAGAAAUAGAUAAAGAAAGAAUCCAGCUGAUCAGUGUUAACAAAGAGAAACCAUGUGUGUCAAAAACAGCCAUGGAGACGGAUAAGAAUAUUGAGACAAACAGUAUUAAUUAUCAUGAAGUCCAAGGAAAUUCAACAGAAAACAGUUGUCUUGCAGACAUAAAACCAGACCCUGAAAGUACUACACCAGAUGUGUUUUUCAACUCAACUGUUUUAACUCACACUGUAGUAGACUUAGUUGACACAGGUGAAGAACCUAUUCAGAUUGCCCAGACUCUAGAAAAAGUCCUCUGCUAUGAGUCCAGAGCAGCUACAGAAAGCACUGAAUGCAGGCAAGAUAACACUUUAAACUCCAGUGAAGAAGAUGAAACCAAAUCUAUUACCAAUGAAACCAGUUUAAUAGAAAGUUUGAUGACGAACCCCAAAACUGCUCAAGAAAAAAACAUUGAUGGGGUCAACAUUGAUUCUCAAAGCGUGGAUGUAGAGAGAACUGUGGCAGCAAAAAAUGAAAAAUAUGUGAAAUCAGAGUCAACAGAACUGUAUACUGAUAAAAAUGUUGAUUUAUUUCAGGAGAAUCCAGGCCAUGUGUUUAUGAAUCCAAACAAUGACAUUGAAAGAACAAAUCAAUGUGAUACUGAAAGUCAAGAAACAAACUCCACUGCUUUUAAAUUGGAAGAAAAACAGGGUGUACCUCAGUUAGUAGAAGCAGCAUGUCUGUGUGCUGAAGAAGCAUAUGACGAUAACAGAUCUACAAGUAUUUGCACUCACAUGGGAAGCAUUAAUGAAACAUUGGACAAUAGUAAUGAUAGUGGUUCAGAUGGCUGUAGAGCUGUAACGACUCAGUGUAGAAUCAGUGAAGAGUUUAAGACUGAGGAGAAUAUCAAUAAAUAUAAAUCUUCUUGUACAAAUUAUCUAGCGAACACUAUGUCAGAACACCCAGAUUUAAAUUUAGUUGAAGUAGACGUUUCUAAAUGUUUGCCCUCCAACUAUGUACCUAAGGAAAAAGGGACAAUACAUCCAGUAAUGCAAGUAAAACUGGCUACAACAGAGAUACUGGGCCAAAGUGUCAAUGUGCAAAACUCAUCCACUUUUAAAACAGAAAACAAUGGGAGAAAUUUAAAAGAAAACAGCGGAAAUUUGGAGAACAAAUGUAGUAAUUUGUUUACUGAAGUACUGAAAGAAGAUGAGUGGGUACCGCACAGUUUUUCACAAAAUAAUGCUAGUAUCAUUGAUAACUCAAUACUUGCUGGCCAUAUGGAUCCCCCACAAAGUACAAACAAAGACAGUGACUUGUCUUCGGUGGCUGUUAAAAACUUUCCUUAUCCUGAAAUAAAUAGAAAUGAAGGAAAUAGAAAGAGAAGUCCUCCUGUAACAAGUAGUCCUACAAUGCCAUCAAGUAACUAUAUAAGCAGUGAAAUAUUUCUUCAGUACUACGAAACACACAUGGACAGUGAAUUAGAAGCUGAAAUAUUGUGUGCUAACACCGUAGAAAUAAAUGAUUCAUCUAACAUCAUCAUACAAAAUAAAUACGUUACAUUUCUUCCUGAUCAGAUGUCGAAGGGGAAGGAACACUUAGCUAGUGAAAUAGCUACCUUUACUACACCUGAGCAGAGUCCUGUUAAAGAUGAUGGAUGUUCAAAAUCAUGUGCUACAGAAUUUCAUGAAUCACUAGCUGUUGCCGAUAUUGCACAAAAUAAAGCAAUUGCUCUUAAAAAACUACUUUCACCUGGAAAUACAAGUAGUGAGAUGGGAAGAUUUCAUAGCGAAUUCAACAGAGGAGAGCAGAGACAAUCAGAAGAGUGUUUAAAAACACUAAACAUAUAUCAGAAAGAAAGAUCAGACUGCUUGAUUUUAGGAAAAACGACACCUCCUUUAAUAUUCGGUGAAAAUAACGAGGACAUAAUAUCCUCAUUACCUGAGCUGUCUACUCAAGAUUGUUUUAACAAUGUUAUGAGUCAAAAAGAAUUAAAUUCAUUACAACAUUAUGAUCAGACACAGAAAUGCCCAGAUAAUUGCACUGAGGCAGAAUGCAAAAGAAGGAGUCAAAAGUUCACGGGAGAAUUGGAAAGCCAGGCAGAAACCACUGAGAUUCUUGUGAGCAAGCAUUUGCUGGAUCUCUGUGAAGGACACUCAAGUGACACUGGGGCAACAUCUGAAGACAGAGCAAAUCUUUCAGGGCAUUCUGAUCAGGCCCUGUGGGAAAAUGCCCAAUAUAGUGAAGGCAAUGCUUCAGGGUACAAUAUGAACUCUUACAUUUCUGAAUACUCUGCUGGUGACUAUGACAGUUCAACCUCACUUCCACAUUUUUUGUUAAAACAUCGUAUAGAUGAAUAUAACGCUGAUGAUCUUUAUUUUGAGGAAAGCCAAUAUUUGGACCCUCAAAAUGUCGAUAUUCCUGUGGGCACAGUGGGAGUUUGUGUUCCACAACAACAAAAUAGCAAAAUUACCAGUGACACGGAUUGCACUACAAGUAUUCAAACUUCUAUUGUACUUAAAACUGUGGGUACUCUGGAGUCCUCAACAUCACCAGAUUUUCUAACUUCUUCAGUAUGUAGGCCAUAUAUUGACUCACAUGAUGCUUUUUUGACUCCCAGUUUUUCAACUUCAUUUAGGGGUCCAGAAAGUCAGGUUAUUCCAGAUACCACUUGCUUGUCUUCAGAAACCUCUCAUAGCUAUGACAUGAGUCAUAGUGAAACUGAAAGGGACACUAUUCUAUAUGCUGCUACAGCAAGCUCUCCAUCACUUUCUACCUGCCAGAUGCAGGAAAGUCAGUGUGAUAAUUUUGAUAUUCUUGACCAGCAACUAUGUGCUUCAGAAUCAACUUCUUUCUCUCUUACAAAAGAAAACCCAUGUCUAUCAGUAUGUGAUAUUGAAGACAACUCUCAGAGAAGCAGUGGCAAGUGUACAUUUAAAUCUGAGCAAAUCUUCCAGGAAUCAGGUGUUCAUCACGAACCGAGAAAUAGAGCUCUGUUGCAAAAAAGCUUUUCCGAAGACUCCGGCAAAAGUUUGUAUGGCACUUUAAAUUCAGUCCAUGAUAUAGAAGGAGAUCAAAAUAGAUCACAUGUGGAUGAUCAGAGUGAUAUAGUAAAUGUUCCUACUACAAAUACAGAUAGUAAUUGUGCAUAUGAAGUGUUGAAGAAUAAGACAGCACUUUUUACAGCAAAUCAGCCAAACAUUUCUGUAAUAAAUAAUAGCAUGUCUUCCAAGUAUUUAUCAGAAAACAGUUGCUUGACUUUGCAAGAAGAACCUGCGUCAGAAAGGCUUGGAAAAGACAACAUAGUUCUUACUUCACAAAAUACAACAAAAAGCAAAGAUAACAAGCAGAGGCCAGGUUUACACUCUCACAGUUUAUCAGCACCAACUAUUGUGGUAAUACCUAAUUCUGAAUUUGCUUCAGAAACUUCUAAAACAGACUUUUCUGUACACCACGCUUCCAAGUCAUUACAAGAAUUGAAUAUGAGUGUUCAACCCCCAUCUCCAACUGAAGACAAUAUGCAUAAACUUGAAAGUGUAUCAAAAUUAAAGACAGGCAGUGUUAUCCCGAUUAAAUAUAAACCUAGAUUUCAGAGGAAAUCCAUUCAAGCCCAGCACUCUAGUCACUGUGAUAAAAGAAAUGUUAGAGAACGAAUUCUGGGCAGUUAUUCUACAGAUCUCUCCCCUGUUCGCCAUCCAGUAGCUGUUACCCUCACUACUGAUAAUCCUAUAGAUACAGAAAUCAGGAAAUGUUCAAAUAAUGCUAAUUCAAUUCAUGGAUAUAACAUAGGUGAAAAUGAAGGAUUACGACAUCAAAUGGAGGCAACAGACAAACUACCUCAAGAUAAUAGAGAUGCAAUGCAUUUUAGUUCAAGUGAUAUCAACCCUUAUAUUCAUCCAUGGCAGCAAGAUGAACCUUGUAAGAUUGGUUGGAAGCAAUAUGUUUUUGGAAGUGCAAGUGAUGUUUCUAGCAACCCCCCUCCACUAAGUCUUGAUAAUCAAAUGGCUAUGAGGUGUUCUAGUGUAGAUAACGGAUUGAAUUCUCAAAACUCUCCUUUCCAUUCUCACCUCAGUUCUUACGCUAAUGCAAGAGUAUUGUCCAGCACCAUAAGUAGUACAGAAGAUCUCCAAGAAUGGGACAUUGCAAGAGAAGGCUUUGAAACUGCUCAUUUGGAUGAAAAUGGCAAACAUUUCAGCAAUGUUUCUCAUGAUAAACUUGAAACUACACCCAAAAAAAGCUGCAUUUCCCAUUGUGAAAAUGUGGUUCCAGGUGUGAGGUGCUCCCAGCAGUCUGGUAACACUCCUGUGCAAGUUGAUGAAAUUGUUCUGCUUUAUCCUUCUAAAUCAGAAAUAUCAUCCAGUAAAUCACACACAGUACUCACUUGUGAACAAGAAACUCAGACGGAGGCACCAUCAAAACAUAAAAGACAGAAGAGGCACCGCAGAAGUUACACAGAUCUAUCUGCAAGAAAAAUCGACUCAGGCAACAGUUCAGUCCAACACCCUUCUUCUUGGUUAAGCAUGCAAAAUCUAUCCAUGCACCUUUCACAGCUGCUUCACAACACUUCUGAGCUACUAGGGAAUUUUUCAGUACAGACUGCCAAAGAUAAUGAACACAUUGGCCAUAAAGCAACUGAAGAAAGCACAAGGGGUGCCACAUCUGACAACAGUACUCAAACAACAGAAGACAUAGGCAUUCAGACUGACAUUUUUGGACACUUUCAGAAUGAAAUCAAGGAAAGACACAUCAAUACCAAUGUAGAAAGUGAUCCAGCAAAGUCUCAGGAGGUAAAUAUUAUUGUGAAGCUAAUGCAUUCAGAUACUAAAGAGAGAACACCAGAAAACACAGGAAGGAUAUUGCAAAGCAUGCCUGACAUCAGAAGCUACCAUACUGAUACUACAGAAGAUUCCUGUAAGUCUACCCUAAAGAAGAACUCCAACUCACCAUCAGAAGUGCCAAAAAUACCAGUAAAUGUUCCACCUGCAGUUGUUCUUGGUGGCUCAAAAAAUUAUCCUAUUGCAUCGUCUUCUAAGCAUGAGUCCACCAUAGGGAAUUGCUCUGCGUCCACCUUAUCUCUGUCCCCAGAAUACUACUCUCAAGAUAAGCGACUUGCUGCUAAAACUAGUAGUGCAGAAGCAAGAGAAUUGUUUCCUAAAAAGAGCUUGCUAGUUGACCGAGCCUCUUCUCCAAUUUUGACACUUAGUGCAAGUACAAUCAACUAUCAGUCUUUAUCAGAUAAACCCACUUGCGCUUUUAAAGGAUCUGAUGGGCAACAGAUGGAUACUGCUAAUUCACAGACUGGUUUUAUUAAAAAGGGAGUAGGCCCACACUAUAGCUUGAAUUCUUGGGAGUCACUUGUAGAUACAUCUUCCCAAACUGAAGUAGAGAGCGAGUCUACCACAUCUAGAGAAAGCAAUGAAAUGUGCAAAAUAUCUAGAAAUGUUUUGGAUAAGAACACAGCCAAAGAGCUUGAUUCAAAAAGCUUUGAUAAUUCAAAAAACCACAGGUUUACCAUUAACACGCACACUGCAGUUCACACCAAAAGACUCUAUCAUUCAAGCAGCACUUUAGAACUUUCUAGUCAUGGCGAUUAUUUAGUUGAUGACCACAGAGAGACCAUUCCAGUGGAGCAUUCCUUCUGUCAGAUACAAAGAAUCAAGGAUGGACUCAACUAUGAUAACCUGACUAGAAAUUCUGAAAGCUCAUCAGUAAACAAGUCUAUUAGGAAAUCUUUAAGUGAGCAGCAUACACCUUCAUUAUUGAAAAAUGAUUGGGCCACUGAUUGUACAUUUGAUUCUUUUUCUCCACAAUUCAAUAAGAGACAUAAAAAAUGCCCUUUUACAAUGUCUGAAAUGGGUGACAUGCAAGAUAAUAAUGUGGAUGAUGAUACCAGAUCUGAAACUGAAAGUGAAUGCAAUACUGAAAUUCUGCUAGGCGAGAAUACCUCUUUAAUGAAGACUCAAAGACAUCGAAGCUAUAGUCUUCGUGACCUACCCCUGCACAAUAAAUUCAGCAACUGGUGUGGUGUGAAGGGAGGUCCCCACUCUUCUUUAAUCACCCUAACUCAGAGUGCUAAUGAUAUCCAUAGCCAGGAGGAAAGGAAAACAAUGAGCACAACAGCUACUGAAACAGAAGAGAGAUUCCUGCUUAGUGAAAGAAGGGCCAGGGAGAUUGAGAGACUGAGAAGAGAGCGUGCCCAGAUUAUGUCUGGCGUGCACUUAAAUAUGAAUCCGCCUCCUCUUACUGUGGAACUCACUGAAGCAAAGCUAACUUACGGCAUUGGAGAAACAGAUGCACAGCUGAGGAUUCUUCAGAGCGGACUAGGCGAGGAUUUGACAGCAAUGCCCAUAAAACAACAACUUUAUGAAAGGCACAGAAAAUCAAUUGAAAUAUUGAGAAAACAGAGAGAAGAGAGACUUCAGUCUUUCAGAAGGAGUCGUAGCCUCAGUCCACAAAAGCAUCUCAGUCUUUUGCAGACACUGGAUACAAAUCAGAGAGAUGUGGAUCUCCCUAGCCGACGCCGUGAAUACCUACAGCAAUUGAGACGGGACGUGGUGGAAAAUACAAGAGUUCAAGAACCAAAAAUGAGGCUCCAACAUCCUUCAGAUAUUGAGCUGUUGCUUCGAGAUUAUCAGAGGGCCCGCGAGGAGACUAAAACGGAAAUUGCGCGUGCAAGGGACAAGCUUCGGGAAAGAGCAGAGCAAGAAAAGAGACGUAUUCGAGAGCAGUUACACUCACAACUCCACAAGGCAGAAGUUAAACUGAAGACCCUUGCAAGCACAAGCACUUUGUGUACAGACUCUACCCUUAGUUUGUCUUCGGGACCCACAUCUGGAUACAACAGUAGUAAUACAGCUACAUCAGCUACUAGCAUAGUUGGCAAACAGGAAUACCAGAUUUCUCCUGAAGAUAUUGAACAAUCAAGAGAAGGUGGAAGAGGUCGCUCAGCUGUCAGGAAUCAUCAGCUUUAUAUACUUGAACAAUGGCAAAAGGGUUCUUCAUGUGAGAUUUUCCCUGUAACCUCUUCAACUAUGGAGAGGGGCAGUAUCCUCUCACCACUUGCUUCUAGCCACAGGUAUUCCCAUAGUCUAAAUGUUUCGCCAAGCACAUUCCCAGCCUCUCCUAUGAAAGAAUAUGAAGAUCUGUCCAAACAUGUCUUGGCAAAUGCUACUGCAGAGGUUAUGGCAGGAUGUUCAAAUGACUUGAAGAAUCUUUACAAUGGCCUGGCAACAGCUGGUUGGAAAUACCAAUGUGUGGAGAAGGAUGUUCUAAUUUAUUACAAAGGCUUCUCAUCCUGUGCAACUAAGCAUGGCUUCUUGGGAGCAGGAGUGAUCAAAAGACCCUUGUCCGCUGUAUUGUCUUUACUGAAGGAUGCAAGUAAACGACAUUUAUUUGAUAAAACGGUUACUACAGCUCAAGUAUAUAAGAAAAUAACCAGCAAUAUUGAGCUAGUGUACGUGGUGAGUGAUGUUUCUUUGUGUUACCAAAAGCAGCCAAGAGACUUCUGUUGCAUUUCUGUAGAAGCCAGAGAGGAGAAUGUGUGCAUCCUAGCUAUUCAAUCUGUGUAUGAAGAGUCAAUGCCUCAUCCUUGUAAAGAAAUUGUGCGAGGGGAGAUCUUGUCCAGCGCGUGGAUAUUGGAACCCGAUACAGUGAAUGGAAAAGACGUCACCAAAGUUGUCUACAUGAUACAGGUUGACCUUGGUCCCCCAGCAAUCCCUGCAAGUCUUCUGAGCUCUGUUGCCAAGAGACAACCUUUGGUGAUUGCUAGGCUUGCUCACUUUCUGGCCGGCUAGGUGUGUGUGGUACUUUGUCGAUAAAUCCAUCAAUUUCAGUAGGUAUAAAUGCCAGCAAAAUCUAAAUGUGUUUUCCAAAACAGCUCUAGCACUGGAAAGAAGGAAGUCCUAGGAAACCUCACCAGGCUCCACAGAGGAGCAUCUGCUUUAGACGCGGCACCAAGAGACCAAACACUGCUUUUACAGUGACCAAAUUAGUUCCUUUUGCAGAUUCCCAACAUGGACUGAAACCAGAUUACAAGUGUUUACCAUUUUAAAUUGAAAUGAAAACUUUUUUCAAUCAAAUCAUUGGAAAACCACUGGUACAGUAAGACACAAAAAACAACCUUGAACUUUGCAACAGGUAUUUUCUAUGGAGCUAUGAAGUGUUUUCUACUUCACUACUGAAACAAAACUGUGAUUCUCUUUAUAGAGUGCCUGACAAAAAGUGUGGCUCUAAAUGAAGAAUUAAUUGUAAUAAUUGUACAAAAUCACCUUUGCUAGUUAUAUGCCUUUCCAAUCUUAUCAAGGUAAUGUAAUAAGGUAUAUGAACCGCUUAGCAUUUAAUUAGAUGAGUGGAGGUGAUAGCUCUUCUGAAGAUGCAGUGGUCACUGUUUUUUCCCUCUGCCAGAAACAAAAAUCAGGCAGACACAGUAUUCUGCAAAAUCACUGCAUCUUAAAUCAAUGCACUGGAGACACCAAAUUGAUAACUUGAAAGCAGAGCAGAGACACUGCUGGAUUCAGACUUUUGCCAUAUCACGUAUUGCAGCUGUUAAGAUUUCAAAUUGAUCUGUCACUUAGAAGAAUCUUGAGACAAACUGAUAAAACAAAUACAGGAUAAACCAAUGGUUUUAUACAACUAGGUUAACAUGUUGUCGAUUGUUAACCCUAGGUUAACAUGGUUUAGGGUUUAAUAGUUGCACUUGAUCAAGAGUCCAAAUCUGAACUCUUCCCCACUAUACUUAACAGUAUUUCACAAGAUUCAUUCUCUCUACUAUGUACCUGCAUUUGUUUUAUAGUUCAGCUCAGUUCUAGUUUUAUAACACAUCUGAUUCUAUCAGAUAAAUUGCAUCUUUAAAAUUAGUAUCAUUUUAUUCUCUUCCUGCAGCCCUCCUAUAAACUAAAAGCAUGUUUUAUUCACAGGAAGGUCUCGAUUAUUGAGCAAGCUGUUUCUAAAAACAGCAGCUUACAGACCAAGAAUAGCACUGUAUUAUGACAGCUACUGCAUCAUUUUCUGCCAGCCUGCUUUUUGUGCAUUAGAAACCUGCUUCUUGAGCUUAGUGCCUCUGUAGCAAUGUUUUAUCAGAGUCGUUAAUUGCUUCCAACUUAUUUGCAACAUUUAAGUGCGAACAACAGAGAACAUACCAGUACAAAUGCCAGCAACUUUUCUUCAUGUACUGCUCAAUUCCUACUGUGGUUUAUUCAACAAACAUUAUAGUGAGUUGUUGUUUCUCACAAUAGAAAUAAUGCAAUGACAAGGCUGUGGAAGAGAAGAAUGGAAAGCACACAACUUUCUGCAGAUUUCGUUGGUGUAUGAUAGCACUUCAGCUUAAUAAUUGCUAUAGAGUAGUUCCAGCAACUAACGGCAAGAUCUAAAUGGCUAUGCACAGACAUCAUGGGGUUUCAUACCUUCUCUCUGGGACUGGUGUGGAAUGGGAUGCAGUACAGGAAAGGGGGAAACGUCCACUUUCUCAUGAAUAGGUGGAAGUGCCUUCAACUCUUGGAAGUAGGCUAUUUAUUUUAAAAAUGGUGUCGGGUAGUCAUUUUCUAACUUCAGUAAUUCACAAAUCUGAUUCAGCUGGUGACGCUAUAUAACUUUCAGCAGCACAAAUGAAGCUGCACUUCAAUGCACAUUUACUUGGAGGUAGUUUACUGAAUUCAUUAUGAUCUACUUUUCAACAUGUAUAGGAGCGGGUUGUUAACCCACUUGUAACACUUAAUGCUUUUUUAAAAAAUUGAAGCACAGAAUUUUCAUUUCAUGACUGACAAAAAUAAGGCAUGCCAUGUGACUGGGACUGCUAUGGUCCCAUCAUCCAGAAAGCUAGCUAGCGUUGUAGUCCUGUGGAUUUGGAGGGAGGAUUGUGCACGUUACCCACAAUACCAGCAAUCACAUAAUUUAAGAUCGGAACUAGUGACUAAUUUAGGAUAUCUUUCCAAUGUUUAUUGGAAGCCGUAUUAUUAUUGGCUGAGUAUUUGCUGUUAGUUUGUUUUUCCCUUUAUUUUGGGGGCCAGGGCACUCUGUUAAUGAACCAAACGACUUUCGCAGGAACAACAUCCAAGAUGGGACUCUACUCUUUACACAGAUGGUGCCUACUGAAGGAUAAUGUCUUAUUGUACAGUGCAUCAGAUGUUUAUUUUUAUAAAUUGCAUAUAAUUGUUUUCUAUGUUUACAAAUUAAGUUAUUUAUAUAAGCUUAUUUUGAGAUGGUUUUAUAUGCUGAAGCUAAUUAUUAUUUUUAUAGGUAUUCAAUUAAAAUAUGCUUUUUAGAAAUAACUGAUACUUCAAAAAUACUAUUUAUAUAAUAACCCUGUUUCUUUUGCACCUAUAACACUAUGGUACCUGUGAAUGUCUCAAGUGGGCAGAACAGUCUUAAGAGUGGGACAAAACUAUUUUCUGUGAAACCGUCUACUAGAUGUGGUAGAAUCCACCCGUAUACUGUACCAUGCCUUUAGCCCAUACCUGCUUUUAACCAAGAGUGCUAUUUUCAUAUCCUCAUAAUAAAUACUUUUAUAUGCAGAAAAGGA